AUGGAGAAGAGCAAGUCUUAUUACCUGUGCACGUCUCUCUCCACGCCCGCACUGGGCGCCGGCGGCUCCGGGUCUGCGAGUGGCGCCGUCGGGGGCAAGGGUGGCGCGGGGGUGGCCGGACUCCCGCCUCCCCCAUGGGCCGAGACCACCUGGAUUUACCACGAUGGUGAGGACACCAAGAUGAUCGUGGGCGAGGAGAAGAAGUUCCUGCUGCCCUUCUGGCUGCAAGUGAUCUUCAUCUCGCUGCUGCUGUGCCUGUCAGGCAUGUUCAGCGGCCUCAACCUGGGGCUUAUGGCUCUGGACCCGAUGGAGCUGCGCAUCGUGCAAAACUGCGGCACCGAGAAAGAGAAGAAUUACGCCAAGCGCAUCGAGCCGGUGCGCAGGCAGGGCAACUACCUGCUGUGCUCGCUGCUGCUGGGCAACGUGCUGGUCAACACCACGCUCACCAUCCUGCUCGACGACAUCGCGGGCUCAGGCCUUGUGGCGGUGGUGGUCUCCACCAUUGGCAUCGUCAUCUUCGGGGAAAUCGUGCCCCAAGCCAUUUGCUCUCGACACGGCCUGGCAGUAGGGGCCAACACUAUCUUCCUCACCAAGUUUUUCAUGAUGAUGACCUUCCCCGCAUCUUACCCGGUUAGCAAACUGCUGGACUGCGUCCUGGGCCAGGAGAUAGGCACUGUCUAUAACCGGGAAAAACUGCUGGAGAUGCUCCGGGUCACUGACCCCUAUAACGACCUCGUUAAAGAGGAACUGAACAUCAUCCAAGGGGCUCUGGAGCUCCGCACCAAGACGGUAGAGGACGUGAUGACUCCCCUCCGGGACUGUUUCAUGAUCACUGGCGAGGCUAUCUUGGACUUCAACACCAUGUCUGAAAUCAUGGAGAGUGGCUACACGCGAAUCCCAGUGUUCGAGGGAGAGCGUUCCAACAUCGUGGACCUGCUCUUUGUCAAAGACUUGGCCUUCGUGGACCCAGAUGACUGUACUCCCUUGAAAACCAUCACCAAAUUUUACAAUCACCCCUUGCACUUCGUCUUCAAUGACACCAAGUUGGACGCUAUGCUGGAAGAAUUUAAGAAAGGUAAAUCUCACCUGGCCAUUGUGCAGCGAGUGAACAAUGAGGGAGAAGGGGACCCGUUUUAUGAGGUGCUGGGGAUCGUCACCCUGGAGGACGUGAUUGAAGAAAUCAUCAAAUCUGAAAUCCUAGACGAGACAGACCUGUACACCGACAACAGAACGAAAAAGAAAGUGGCCCACCGUGAAAGGAAGCAAGAUUUCUCUGCCUUCAAGCAGACGGACAGCGAGAUGAAGGUUAAAAUAUCACCGCAGCUUCUCCUGGCCAUGCACCGUUUCCUAGCAACAGAAGUAGAAGCGUUUAGCCCAUCCCAGAUGUCAGAGAAGAUCCUCCUAAGGCUGCUAAAGCACCCCAAUGUCAUCCAGGAGCUCAAGUACGAUGAGAAGAACAAGAAAAGCCCCGAGUGCUACCUCUACCAGCGCAACAAACCCGUGGACUACUUCGUCCUUCUCCUGCAGGGGAAAGUGGAAGUAGAAGCUGGGAAAGAAGGUAUGAAGUUUGAAGCAAGUGCUUUUUCAUAUUAUGGUGUAAUGGCCCUCACAGCCUCUCCAGUUCCUUUGUCCCUGUCCCGUACCUUCGCUGUCAGCAGGACAGAGGUGUUAGCUGCAGGCUCUCCAGGUGAAAAUAAGUCACCUCCUCGCCCCUGUGGCCUGAACCACUCAGACUCUCUCAGCCGAAGCGACCGGAUUGACGCCAUGACACCAACCUUGGGGAGCAGCAACAACCAGCUCAAUUCUUCAUUCCUCCAGGUCUACAUCCCAGAUUACUCAGUGCGAGCCCUCUCUGACCUACAGUUUGUCAAGGCUUCCCCUUGGCUGUCAGAGCAUCUCACCGCCCUCUUAGGGCCCAUACUGAUCUCAGUUCCAUGCCAUGAGCAGCCAUGAGCAGUCAAAGCAAACACAGUCUUGGCAGGGGGCAGGAAUGGAGAUGAGGGAAAAAGCCAUUCUCAGAGUUCUCAGAGCCUGUAGCUAGUGGCUCAGGCUGACCCGAAAAGCACUCUGAGGUUGCCUUCUGCCUCGGAGACAGGUUCUUCUCUUAGUCUGAAAUAGCCGUCUAUCGGAGCCUGUGGUGCCCUUAGCUGAUGGACACUGAUCCCCACUUUUCUCGUAUCUGAGCGUUAAGAGGCAAGAUGUAGGAAGGGUCCCAGUGGCGAGAACCGACUUGACUGCCAGAAUCAACUUGACCUUCAGCGCUGCCUGCUUUCUACUCAAGGAUGAUUUUCUCCGAGAGCUCUGGGGUGUUCAGAGAGUGAUGCGGUGUAGGAGACAAGAGAACCUAAAAAUAAGUGUUGUCUCGGUUUGUUUUCUGUGUCCUCUUCUGGCCCCAGAUCUCCAGACAGCAAUACCAAAAUGCCUUGAUGGCAUCCCGGAUGGA